GUUGUGCGAUUUCCUGAAAUAUCGGUUACAAUCCAAAUGUCUUCGGGAAAGGUUAGCAGUGAUAUUAAGAUAACAGAGGGAAAGGCAGAGAUCUGUUUUCCUGAUUCAAAUUCUGUGUUCUACAACCCCGUUCAAGAAUUUAACAGAGAUUUAAGUACAGCAGUCAUAAAGCUGUUUUCCAAGGAACGUUUGGAAGACAAGAGAAAACCAAAUUUGGAAAGUACUUCCGAUGGAGAAGACGAGGGAACGGAUGAAACGUGUGAAGGACUUGACCAGGAGAAGUCUAAUCCCAAAGUGGCAUUAUACUCAGGGAAAAUACCCAGUGAACGUAAGUUUUGAUCUAAACAUUUCAUAAUUCAACUUUUAAGAAAUUAAAAAUUUCAAAACUAUCUAAAGAAAGCUAGUAGCCGAAACUUUUAAUUUCAAAUUUCACUGUGAAAGUUCCUCUAGAAGAACAUUGUAGUCAAAUUUCUGAACAGUCGGAAGUUGGUUUCCAUUGUUUACCUCAGUACACUUACCUACUAAUACUCUCAGAAUCACUUGAUCGUGACUUAAUCCUUCGACUGGAAGUCCUUUAUUCAGCUAUGUAUAAAUAAAUAAGUUAAUCUUUUUAUGUAUAUAUUUAACAAUUACACACUGACGUGGAGGUGAAUACUGGUGCAUAUUUACCUCACUCCUUUGCAGCUUGGUAAAUUUCCACCUCUUUCACUAACACUGAUGUGAAUAAUUGUUUCAGUGUAUACCACAUAGAACCAAAAAUUUGGUUUGUUCCUGUAAUGAAAAAUGAUCACUUAUCAAACUCUUAACAAGAAAAAGUGACUGAAAAACUGCAAGGUAACUAAUAGGAAUACUGAAAAAUUCCCACUUUGUUUUGAAUCGUGCAGAAGUUUUAUUAUUGUAGUCAGAUUUGAUACUGGGAUAAUUCACUUAUAAUAAAUAGGCAUUUGUCUCAAAUUGUGGGGGCUUAGUAGAUUUACAAUUAGGUCAAGUAAAAUCAAAGCAAAUGAGUGGGUGGGAGGACCUAUUCGAAUGAAAAAGUGUAAUCAGGGCUUCAAAAUGCUGCUCAAGGCUGCAUCAGUUUAGACUGUUGUUGAAAUAGGUUUGAUUGACUUUACUUGAUUUGAUAUGCACCAUCAGUUCUGUUGUUUUAUGUGAUCAUCAAGAAAAAAGAAAUGAUGGAAUCACUAUCCUGGAAGGUUUGUCAGCAUCUGGUCUGCGUGCAGUGAGAUAUGCCUUGGAAGUGGCAGGUGUAAAGAGCGUAACUGCCAAUGAUAUCAGUGCUGAUGCUUACAAAAUGAUUCAGCAAAAUCUUGAGCAUAAUAAUGUGCAGCAUAUUGUAAAGCCAAGCAAAGAGGAUGCUGGGUGAGUGUGUGUAUACAGCAUAUUUAAUGCAGAUAAACAGGACUAAAGGUUAUGAUAACUAAAUGAAUGGGCUCUUGAAUAAUUUGUGAAACCAUCCAUCUGCUUAGUUGAUGAGCUUUUCUUUUGCUCCACUGUAUUUUACUAAAGGGCAACUCAGCCCUAUGAAACACAAAACAGCUAGAAAAAUUGUGUAAUGAAGUUAAUGGCCACACUCAAAACUGAAGACACCUUCCAUGAUAAACUCUUUAAUAUUCCUCUGGAAAAGGUCACUUAUAAUUAUGCAGUAAGUUCUUAUUAUGAAUGCUUUUCAAAACUCUGCUUUCCACAUAUGAAUGCCAUAUUUAUGUACUCUGUCAAGUGUACAUUCUUUGUAGGAGAUAUGUAGUUCCUUUCCAUUCCUUGCUAAUCCAUCCCACAUAAAACUUCAUUCUCCCUCCCCUGUACUAGACUUUUCCCCUAGAAAAAACCUAGACAUUUCGAGUGUUAGCCCUUCAUCAAUUGCUCUGAUGAAGGGCUAAUGUUUGAAACGUCAGGUUUUUUACCAUUUACAGUGGCUAAUUUACGUUUUCAACUCAGUUGUUAACACUAAAUUACCUGCUAUACUCUCCCACUGACGCAGCACCACAGUUUCUUUAGAAACUUACCCCUUUAUUCAUCUCCAGUUUUCUUUGGCCUAGGGUAGGUUUAGGAUUGGGUUUUUGCUACAAGUGUAGCUAGACUAACCCUUGAACAACUUGAAACAAUUGAGUCACCUUUCGGGGGACUAGUCUUUAGCACCAUACUGUACUACAAGAUAAAUAGAAUAUUAAAUGUUCUUUGUCAAAGAUAUCUCAUUGCUCUUGUACUCUGUCCAGUAUGUUAUCCACUAGGAGCCUUAAAUUAUUUGAAUGGUAUGUUACUGUGAAAACAUAGGGCUCUAAAAUUUUUCAUCUUCAUUCACAGCUGCAGUGUAGUGAAAUAAACUUUUAUUAAGAACCUUGUCAAUUUCUCAUGAAGGUUACUGAUGUACAAACAUCGUCAUCCUCCUUCAAGUCGCUUUGAUGCAAUAGAUUUAGAUCCAUAUGGAUCAGCAUCAGUCUUUCUUGAUAGUGCAGUUCAAGCUGUAGCUGAUGGUGGCAUUCUCCUGGUAACAUGCACAGACAUGGGGGUGCUCUGUGGAAACCAUAGCGAGGCUUGUUUUGGAAAAUAUGGCAGUAUGUCUUUAAAAGCCAAGUUUUGUCACGAGAUGGUAAGUACACUACAAGUGUAGUUCAACCUACACUGUUGUCAAAGGUCAUCUGAUUAGAACUAAUCCAGUUUAGCUCUUAUUUGUUCAAAGAAGACAUGUAAAAAAUUAAGUAGGUUGUUUUUGCUUCUAAAGUUUUGCAAACAUUUUUUUUUCUGGUUGACUCACAUGUUAUAUUAACAUGUGAUCAUAUUAUGUGAAUGCUUCCAUAUUCAUGUCCUUAUCUGCAGUUCAUAUAUAUGAUUUUCAUAUAUUUACAGUCGUUUGUUUAUCACUUCAUGGGUUUGUAUGGAACCAACACAAUGACCAGCUCCCAGUUGGCUUGCAAGCCAAAUUGGUAGAGCUCUGCACCGGUAUUGCAAAGGUCAUGGGUUCAAAUCCCAUACAGGCCUGAAUUUUUUUCAGACCUUAUUUUCACUACUGCUCAAGGAGUGUUCAUUACUGCUUUCAUAUUCAUGUAUUUAGUACCUUAGUUAUCGCUAACACUGUAGACAUUUUUGAGCUACCUUUCUAUCCCUUGAUUAAGACUGAUCUUGUCCCAAUGUAGCCCCUAUGUCAGUCAUUACCAGUACUAAAUUCAUGAUUUAGGUUACAGAGCUAUUUGCUUGUGACUCCUCAUAAAAUGUUACUCAAUUCUACAAAUAUUUUUUCUUUUCUUCACAGGCUUUGAGAGUGUUGCUCUUCUCUUUGGAAACUCAUGCUAAUAGAUACAAACGAUACAUUAAACCUCUUUUGAGCAUAAGUGUGGAUUUCUAUGUGCGUGUUUUUGUGCAAGUCUUUACAAGUGCCUCAGAAGUGAAAAGAUCAGCAAGUAAAAACUGUCUGGUCUUCAUGUGCAUUGGAUGUGGAAGUUUUCAUUUUCAGCCAAGUGAGUGUAGUGAAAACUGUAUUUUGUAUGGAUAUGGAACUAUUUUUCAUAGUAACAAACACUACUUAAGCAGUAGUGGAAAUAAGGCCUGAAAAAAAUUCAUGACUAUGGAAGUAAUCACUUCCUUAUUCACUUCUUUAUCUGCAGUUCACAUAUUAAUUAUAUGAUUUUCAUAUAUUUACAGUCAUUUAUUCAUCUCUUCAACAGUUUAUUUGGAACCACCAUAAUGACCAGCUCCUAGUUGGCUUGUCAACUCAGUUAGUAGAGCACUGCACCAGUAUUGCAGAGGUCAUGGGUUCAAAUCCCAUAUGGGCCUGAACUUUUUUCAGGUCUUAUUUUCACUAUUGCUUAAUUAGUGAUCAUGAUUGGGGAGAUUGCUUCCAUAUCAAUUUAUUUAUCUGCACUUUAGUUCAUGACUGUGAAUAUAUGAAAAUCAUAUAUGUGAAGGCUUCCAUAUUCACGUCCUUAUCUGUAGUUCGCGUAUAUGAAUUCCAUAUACAUGUAUUUACAGUCAUUUAUGCAUCACUUCAUAGGAUUAUUUGGAACCAAUGUAAUGACCACCUCUCAGUUGGCUUGUUAGCUCAGUUGAUAGAGUACUGCACUGGUAUUACAAAGGUCAUGGGUUCAAAUCCUGUGCAGGCCUGAAUUUUUUCCUAGGCCUUAUUUUCACUACUGCUUAAGUAGUGUUUUGUUACUGAGAAGAUUGCUUCCAUAUUAAUUUAUUUAUCUGCAGUCCACGUAAUGAUUUUCAUAUAUUUACAGUCAUUUUUCUUUUGCAUGCAAGUUAAUUAUUUGUGCACCCAGGUAUAAUUUGUUUCCAUUACAAUUAAGUUGCAUAUUUCAUUUUCUUUUUUGCUUUUUUGUGCCAAGCAGUCAAAAAAGAAUGUUGUGAUGACUGGUUCAAAGUGCUCAUUGAUAUGAAGUGUAACUGCCAGUAGUAUUGUUUCUUACUGUAUUGCAUGCCCUAGUUACAUGAGACAUUCAAUUUAGGGUAGAACUGAUUGCCAUGGUUUCUACUUUUUUUUGUGUUGUGUUUUUGUGUGUUGCUAAUUUUUCAGUAGAAUCUUAAAAUUUUGUUUCAUAAAAUUAAGUAUUGUUAGUUGUUUUUAUUUGAGGUUCAGUGUUCAUUGCAUCAAAUGACAUGCUGUGUUCAUCAUUAUUGUUUUUUGAAACUGUCAAGGGACUAAUGGAUAUCCAAUCAAAGUUUCAUCUUGUCUUGUUAUCUGGCAAACAGUCCUUGAAGUGGGACAAAAAAAUUACUGACAGAUUUUCAUUUGAGUCUAAUACCCACACUACAGUGAAAACCAUUCAAAGUAUCACAUAUACUUUGACACUUGCACAAGCAUCUUUCACCUUUAAAAACUUACAAUGCAUUGUAAUAAAACAUGCUUUCCAAAUGGAGUGGAAAAAUUCAAGUUUUCCAGUAAACCCUAUGCCAAAGGGGUAUUUUUUCCAAGAAAGUAAAAGCAACAUGAAAUUCAGCAGAAUGUGUGCUACACAGCACACGAGCUUUGUUGAUUGAACACAAGUAUGCCUUUUUGUACACAUUCUAUCUCACAUGCUGCACAUGCUGUUUGGCCCACUGAUUGAAACAAAACUAAAAAAAAGGUUUCAGUGACACUCUUUGUUUUUCUUAUCUAGGUAAUAUGUGCUUAUCUGAAAAUUUAAGACAAGUUUAGUGGGCUGACUCAUGGCACACAUUCCUGUGCCUGACCACCCUUUUAACCUAUUUUCCUGUUGACAAGCACAAAUACAGACAAGGAAAGGGGACUUCCAAUGUUGGGUGUGUUAAUUUCCUUAUCUGUUUAUUUCAAGUUAUUUGCAGAAAAGCUAAGACUUGUGGUAAUACUAAUUGAAGUGGUCAAAAAUGUAUCAUAAAGUUCAACUCAUGAAGUUCUAAGUAAAUACUUGUAUAAUCAAUCUUAUGGCAAGUACAUUGGUAAUAGGGUUUCAGAUAGUGACAAUUACAACAACAAUGAAAUUGAUGGCCCUCUAGAUUUCUUGGUAUGAUGAAAAUGACAAAUACAUGUACAUAUAAUAACUCCUUGUUCUAUGUUACAUUUAUGCAAGAUUUAGAAUGAUCAUAAUCAUUUAGGGAGUUAAAAACGUAAAGGGAGAAAACCCUUCUACUUCCAUAUUUUUUUAUAUGUGAAAUGAUAAGAAUCAUUUUAAUCUAUUUAAUUUAUUUCAAAAUUGUUGGUGCAGUGACAUGAUUUGUUACUUUUGGUGUCCUACAUUUGGAGACUGAAACAUUCCAAGGAGAUGUUGGUCCAACUUUUCCGGCUUACUGAUGUAAUAGAAUUUUCCAGUACUGUCUUUGAGAAGUUAUUGUUUGUUAACGGCUCAAAGUAUGUGUUUGCACCAAUGGCACUUUCUAGAAUGCGUAGAAUUGUAUUUUAGUUAAUCAUUUCUAUGAGUUUUAGAGUCGGCCAGUUAGGGGGUGUGAUUUGUCAUAGCCUAGGACGGGAAAUUCUCUCGACACAGAGUGGCUUUUGCGAUUUUUUGUUAUAAGAUUUACAGGACUUUCAGUAUUGAGGGAGAACCAUGGGUAAUCUUCUCUGGUUCCUAUGCAGAAUUCCAUGGCCCUAAGCUAUUUUCUAUUCAGACUGGUAAGGUGAACUUUUCACUAAUCACCUAGUGCUAAUUUUUUUCCCAUUUCAAUCCUUACCCAGCACAUCUGUUAACAAUGUAUUAAACAACUAAAAUUACCAUCUGCUCCUGAAGGGGACUUGAAAUUCUCAGUUAUAUAAAUGUAUGCUUAAUUUUCUGGGUGUGAUCAACUUGUGAAAUAUUAGUUUCUUAACUCAGUUAAAAAUUUUGGUGGACUUCUAUAUGAGUUUUGUUAUUGAACACAAAUUUUGUCGUCUUUGCUAGUGGGCCGCUGUAUUGAAGAAGGUCUUAGCAAGAAGUACCCCCCAGCCAUUGGUCCUCCAGUUGGAUCCUCAUGUGACCAGUGCGGUAGGCAAUUCCACAUGGGAGGACCCAUAUGGAAAGAGAAAAUUCACGAUGCUGAGUUUGUAGAAAGAUUGCUCAAGACUGUGAAGGAACAACCUGGUCUGUUCAAGACUUCAGAAAGGAUAAUUGGUAAGUAACAAAGAAAUUUCCGUUCCUUCACAUUGAUAAAGGUUAGUUAGUGAUUUCUGCUUUUCGUGCUUCUUGACUUUGUUCAUUCUCCCUCAGUGGGUAGUGAUCUUAUCACAUUUCAACAUCUUUUGUGAUUGAUUACUGAGCAGACUUGGGAUCUUUUCAAAGCAUAGUAAUAUAGUUCGUCUCAUGAUGUAGUCACUUCCAAUGUGGAUCGCGACGUUUUGACUGCAUGUUGGUAAUCUUCUUCAAGCGGUGAGGUGGGUGGAAUAUGCGUGACCUUUUGAAACAUUAUACUUCACUUUCUCUGCCUGUUCUUCAACAGCUGUUUAUGGUGAAUUUGUGAAGAUGCAUUCCCUCAGUGAUCCACUGUCGCAUGGCUCUUCAGUUAAUGUAUUUCUUGAUCCAAUUUUGGAAUUCCUGUUCCACUGUCCUUGUUUAUUUUGUUGGGGUAGUCUAAUUCGGAUUUCCUCCUUUAUCUUGUAUGUGCGAUAAUUAGGAUCAUGAUCAGUAAGGUUUACUUCUUCACUGAACGAGUGGUGUCCUGUGUUGUGGGCGUGUACUAAAAUGGCAGAGGUCUGUGUCUUAACAGUCGGUUGUCUCUUUUUCAUGCUCCUUGAUUAUGUCCUGCGUAGGUCUUUCAGUCUCACCAAUAUGAACUGGGCCAGUGGACUUAAAAUCUCAGAAGCGUGGAUACCGACAAUUAAACGCAACACCAUGAGGGUUGUGUAACAACGGAACAGUAUGGAAACAAAGCUCCAAAAAAUACACUGAUGAAAGCUAUUAAAUACCUGCUAAUCAUAACAGAGCAUAAGGGUGCCACGUAUCCUGUCAAUAUCAAUGCCUGAAAAAGACUAGAAGUAUGCUUUCGAAACAUUGAGAGCACGAUCCCACUUCGUGACAUAAGUGAUGGUACUUCAAUACCAGUUUGCGAUAAGUAACGACAACCUUUCCAUCUUGCUACUCGCAAAUUUUUCAGCUUCUUUUUUAAUCCAGAAGUCUUUCAGUAUUUUAGAAAGUCUUUCCAGCAUUAGUGUCAUUUUGUGGAUUUGGUGUAGUUAGGUGUGGAACUAAGCUCUUCACUAUCCUCUGAAUCUCAUGAUAAAAAGAAACCGAAUAAACAAAAAACUCUCUCCUCCCCAGGUUUGUAUCCUGUAAAGAUUAUUUUAUCCUUAUUCCACUAUGUUAUGCUUCCAUUUCAUCACCAUAAUACAUUCUCCUACGAUAGGAAAUUUGUUACUCGUACAAUACUUUGAAUCGAGUGGAGGAAGUUUGGUGUCGAAUAUCAAAAUGUCUGUGGGGCAAGACAGCCGUUCACCCUUAAGGUUAAACUAUGAUUCCUCAGCUUUCAUCCGGUGGCAGUUGUUUGAACAAUUGACUGAGUUACCACGGAGGUACCAAUACGAAACUCUCGAUUCAGCCAUUGAUUUCUUGCGUUACACAAAAACAGCAGCUGAACCACGCGUAAUGAUUCUCGCUAUUUGGGUGUGUAUGGCCGCGUUACGGAACUGUUUUCAAAAUGACGGUGCUGGAGGCCUAAUUUAUAGCAAAUCUGAAAGUAGUUAUUGAACGCUUAAGUUACUCAUUGGAAUUUCAUAUCACAGUCAGAACUAAGUUUCAUUAAAUCUUUUUUUGAUGUUACAGAGAAAAGUUACACGGUUUCAUAACUUUACUUCUUCUUUAACGACCUGAGCGGAAGUUAUCAUCAGAAAUUGUAAAUUCUAAUAAUAACUUUCACCUGGAAGGUCAGACGAGAGGUUCAACUUUUACCUUUGGGUUCAAACCAUUUACUGCGAUGAAAGUUACGUGUAAAAAUUUAAUUUAUUUUCCUGUUCAGGACUGUUGAAUGUUAUCCAAGAAGAACUACCUGACUGUCCUCUAUACUACAGUGUGGAUCAUCUCUGUGGAGUUCUUCAUUGUAACACACCUUCUCUUGUGCAGAUCAGAUCUGCUCUACUGGAAGCAGGCUACAAGGCUUCCAGCUCUCAUGCGUGCAAACAAGCACUCAAAACUGAUGCUCCUCACAGUGGUAUGUACAAGAGAGGCACACCUAAACGAUGAGGCUAUUUGUUCAAUUUAACUCAGUGAAAAGGGAAAUAUCGUAAAGCUCCACAUUAUUGUAAUUGAUUGCGACGAAUAUUUUUAUUUAACAUCACAGUAAACAUUCUUCCACCCAGUAUAUUGUAAUUUUCGUUUCUGUUGCUGAAGACGGCGAAUUUUAGCGAUUUGUAGGCUUCGGGAUUGGACCAUCAAGGGUGUAAAGCUCAGUUUUCUGUCUAUUACAAAGCGGUCCUACGCCAAGGCAAUUUUCACCUACAAGCUGCAAUCGUACGAGCUCUAAAUGAGGAAAUUUAAAAGCCUAAGCUCUCUUUAUGUAUCAUCACAUUUGAAACUCGUUAAAAAAGUUUAGAACUUGAGUCCAUAUAAAAUCGAGAAAUUGAGAAAUCAAGAAAUUGAGGCUCAAUAAAUGCGCAUUUGAACUUUCGUGUGCCUGCUGAGACUUACGUUGUUCCACUCAUCUUUGAUUGGGUGAUAAUGAACAGUACAAAGGACAUCAGUAUUCCCAUAGAUUUAUUCUAAACUCAAAUGUACAACUGUUCACAGCAUUUUUGUGGGCUCCCUUUAUUAGUUGGGUGUAUUUUAAUGUCACUUGUUCUAACCUCAUUACGAAUGUUGCUAUAUUCAACCCAAACAAGAGGACAUGAGCUGAUGUCCUCCUGGCUGCCAGUGGUUAAAAUAGUACAAAAUUGAACCAUUUUCCUUGAUUUUCAUUUUUAAUUUCAAAGAUAAUUAAUUCCAUUUAGCUUAAUCCAAGUUUUGAUGCUAUUGUUACAUGUAACUUUCUAACGUCACAAUUUACAAUAUACAAUAUCGCAAUUUUUUGUUCGGACAUAAAGUUGCUGCUGGUGGAUCUGACCCCGAAACUAGGAGUUCGGAGGCGUGAUCUUUGUUGUUUGUCUUAAGUCCACAACCAAUGCUUAAAAAAUUGACAAUUCUAUAACACAACGACAUUUUAUGCAAUACACUAUUUUUUCUACUAUUAGUUGUGUGGGAUGUCAUGAGGUGUUGGGAAAAACUUCACCCUGUAAAACGAAGGAAAGAAAAUUCUCCAGGUGCAGCCAUUCUCAGCAAAGAACCUGCCAUUCAGGUGUCGUUCAAAGAAAAACCUGAAGCAAACCCUCUGUCAAGAAAGAAUAAGCUUCUGAGAUAUCAAGCGAACCCUGAGGCCAACUGGGGACCAAAGCCUAGGUAUGUAACACAGUUAAGCAUUAGUGGUGAUUUCGUCAGGCAUCCUUUGUCCUGCGUGAAAGCUGUUGCACAUCUGCAUGGGUAUUGAGCUUAAUUUCUGAUAAUGAUACACUUUAAAAUUCUCUGGGUUUGGAUGUGGUUAGCUUUUAAUAAGUUACCCUAAAUUUUCCUUGGUUCUCCUCCAAAUCCUUCCAUUCUUUGAAACUGCCACAGGUACCCUUUCUCUUUGGUCAGAUUCGAUGCCAUUCGAUAAGUGGGCGAGCAAAAUCGUUAAGAGUAUCUUAUUUCACCCACGUUUUAAAAGGGAAACCUGAUUUGCAGGAUAAGCAUUAAUGUGCAGAGCGAUGUGCGUUGCUUUCUUGCCAUGGUUGACAUUUCCUCACGUCAAUGCCAAGUUAUUGACGUGAAUGAAAUGCGUUUAUGCUAACACUGAAAAAGCAAAUCACGGGGUUUGACAAGAAGAGGUAUGGCUGUGUGAGAUAUCGAAAACAAUGCUUAUGGAUUCUCCCAAUUUUUUUCUCUGCCAGAGCCACGCCAUUUUUCGAUCAUUGUCAUUGCCGAAAGCCUGGCUCUACCUAACGCUACCUACACUUUUGCGUUCAUAAGUUUGUCCCAAGUCAAUGUUAAUCUGCUCAGCCACCACAUAGACAUCUGUACUUGUAUGAAAAGAUGAAGAACCUGUUAAUCCUAUAGAUGUGUAAGUCAAAUUGGAAAAGACUUGGGUUUUGUGAUACUUUAUAUUAAUAUGAGUUCGUUAUGUUAAAACGUAGGGCAAAGAGGAAAAAAGAAACAGAGACAAUAGAGGAUAAGAGGCAGCGUCUACAAGGACGAAGGACUCCAGAAGAAGACAAAGAUUAUUACAAACAAUUUCCUUGUAAGAAAUUUCGACUUGGCAAGUGUACGUAUGGUGACGAGUGUAAAUAUUCGCAUGAUGUAAACCUGUACAUUAGGAAAAGUAGAAUUCCCCGAAGUGAUGAUGACUGCUCAGCGGUGAAUAUUGGAGAGUCAAGUUGAACUGUUUGAUGAUCUCUGAACACUUUCUUUAAUCUUUUGAAAAAUAAAACGCUACGGAAAAGGCAUUCUUGACACACGUAAUGAUUCUAUAAGGUAAGCAGAAGGGCGGGUCUUUGUGAAUAGCCCGUUCGGAUUUUGCAGGUCUGGUUAGUUAGCCGAUUUGUUUUCAAAAUGGCGGCUUUCGUGGUCAUAGUUUUGAGCUCAUUUGAAGACUUUUUGAACGGAAUCUCAAAGACCUGCGCGUGAUAAAUUUUUGGUUGACAGAGCAUACUUGACCUUUAAAGUUGCGUUAGCAAUACAAGAUAGAUUUCAAUGUCACAGUGAACUACAUGGCUGUCAGUGAGUUUUUCCUUUUUUUUACGUUACAGGCGUCAGAAUCAUAUUAUUUCACUCUCAAUAGUCAAUGCCACCUCACUUUUUGUUAGACAUAAGUUAACUUUGGCACGACUUUUUAAAAAAAUUUCUGUUUUUAAUUUUUCGGCAGGACUUUAAUUUGCCGCCUCAACUUUAAUUUUUCGGCGCUACCUUAAUAUUCUGGUCUGUUAUUAAAACAGUACCCACAAAUGAAAGCCUGUGCAGUGAUCUUCGCAGUGAUGAACACUACUUAAGCAGUUUUAUUCUCUUUUCUUUUUUUUUCAGGCCUUAUUUUCACUACUGCUUAACUAGUGUUCAUUACUGCGAGGAACACUUUCAUUACGUAUAUGAUUUUCUUAAAUUCACAGUCAGUACCUACAAAUGUUUACCUUAAGAUUUAAAUGUCAUCUCGUCCAAAUUUUUUAUGGGCUUUGGUGGAGACAUUAACUGUCAAGUUGUUUUGUGUUAACACACAAGGUCAUAAGCAAAGCAGUUUUCUGAUGGUACAAAAAGAAACAAAAUCAAAGCGAUUAUUCUUGUUAGUAGGAAGUCCAACUUCCGCAGCACAUCGAAGUUUGUUAGUAUUUUCGUGUUAGUGGGACUAAGAUGACUGCUACUAAGCUCACUACCUAAUUCUUUGGGCUCAGAAACAACUACAUUAACAUUUGCAGGCUCUUCAACUAGAUUACUACUUUUCUCUGCAUAAGGCCUCAACAUAUUUCCAUGACAUAUCUGUGUCUGUUUUCGCCUAUCUGGAAUGACUAUUAUGUAAUUUGGAUCGUGUAACUUCUUCACAGACAUAGGGACCAAAGCAUCGAGAAUGAAGUGUGUUACCAGGCACUGGCAACAACACAAGAACCUUUUGACCUAGCAUAAAGUCACAUUCUUCAGCAACUUCGUCACACUUCUUUUUCUUAGACUUCUGAGAGUAGACUUUAGCUAACUCACAAGCUUUAAAGAGCUUAGUGCAAAAAUCUGAGACAUACUGCUAAAGAUUGAUAGGCUCAGUUACACAACAACUUUUCUUUAACAGAACAGUCUAAAAACUUACAACACCAUAUUUUGAUACUAUUACAUCCUAAAUACGUGAGGUAUGGCAUGCACGUCAGCAUGAGUGAGAAUUCUAGAAAUUUCUAGAUAUUAAUCUGGCAGUUGUUAUCCAUAACACGGUCAGUCACGGGAAAUGGUAGAUUGACCACUAAGGGGCAGGUUGACUGCUAAAUACAGGUUUCACACACUAGGGUUAUUGUAAAAAAACAACGCUACUUUAUGCAAUAAUUGACUACUAGAUGUACAGAAUCUUGGCCGAAAAUUCUACUUACUUUGAUUUUGGCUGUGAAAUAUGGAUUAAGAAUUACUUGAAAGAUUAUUAUUUGUUUUAUUUGAGAGGUCCCACUUUCAGUUACCAUUCAGUACAGGUGGAGGACAAUAAAAACAGGCCGUUGGGACUAAGUAGAGGGUGACCGCGACUGCUUGAUAGAGGUGACUGCUUAAUAGAGUUGAAAAUUACAGUGAUUAAUGGGAAACAACUUCCUGACUUUGACAACUGACUGCUAAAUUAAGACCUUUCAAUACAGUGCCGUUAAAUACAGGUUGGAC